AUCAGAAUGAAAUAAAUUUGAGAGAAAGAAACGUUUGCGACAGAUGAUGUAACAGUUUUCUGCAUUUCGUUCGGAUCGACUGAAACAUUAUCCAGAUUUGAUAAAUGCGUAUUCUACUGCUUAUUUUUAACAAUAUUUCCAGAUACCAAUUUCCUAUUCAAAACCAUGACAGUAAUUAGCAUUGAAAUGUACAAAUCAGCGAUUAUUAACUAUACUUCUAAAGUCUAAGGACGUAUUUUAUAAUGAAAGAAGAAAAAAGUAUUCGAACAUGUCAUAAAAGAAAAGCAAAGAAAAAUAAUGUUCAAUUAUCGCAACUAUCUUACAGAAGUGGUCACAUAAAUAAAAGACGAAUAAAUAAAAUUUGCCACAAAUUGAAACAUUUUCAUGCUGCCAAAUUACGUGAACCUGGUCCGACACAAUAUAUAUUUUAUGCGAUAGUUAAUACUGAUCUACGAAUGGACCAAGCAACAACAGCAGCAACUAUAGCAAAUGGUUUGGUGUUGCUUUAUAGUCAAUUAGACAGUGAUCAAGUAAGAUAUCAGUAUAUUGAUAGCUGGACAAAGGAAGGGCGGAAUAUAAUAGUCCUGAAAGGAUACGAUCACAAGCACUUGAAGUAUCUGCAUUCUGAACUAAAGUUUAUUGCAAUUGGAAGUCAUGCAGUUCAACAAAGAUGGGGACGUAAUAAAGCAAUUAUAGUGUUGAUUGUAUUUGGUCAAAAGAGCGAAUUAGAAGAAGUUUUUGAAGGAUUGUCAUAUUUAAAAUAAUAAAAAUUAUGCUCCCUUUUCCAGCAUGCAAAAUCUGCCAUUUUCUCAGCUUCUUUGCUUUACUCAAAAUAAAAGAAAGAUUAAUCCUUCAUUUAGAACUAACCUGAUCCUGCCAGGCUCUCAAAAUAAAAAGUAAUUACUGCCUCUUAUCUCAAAUGGCAAAUGUUAUGUGUAACUUUGAUUUUAAUUCUAAUCAUUAAAAGCGCUGUGAUGUAAAUCCUGUCACAAUUGAUAUGGUAGGAUAUGGCAUGAAAAUGGA